AUGAACACACCUUGGGCUGAUGUAGACUAUGUGUUCAUGCCUCUUCUGCCCACAAAUAAAGCUCACUGGUUGCUAGGUCUGCUAGAAUUCAGAAGCCACAGAUUGAUCGUGUUCAAUUCAGCUGGUAAAACUUACCAUGACUGGAAGGUGCUAAAAGGUGUUGAGCCUUAUGUGAAGAUAUUGCCUGCUCUUAUGAAUGCAUUGGGAAUUUCGAAAAAAGACCCUGACUAUAAUGGAUCUGGGUGCAUGGAAUUGAAGGUGACCGUUGACACUGCCAUACCCCAACAGAUGAAUGGUCAUGAUUGCGGGGUGUUCGUCAUAUUAUAUGCGUUAUAUAUCCUUCGAGACCUAUGUCAAGAAUCCGAGGCAGGCCACAGACGUUCUAUACCACAGAAAUUUGAUGUCGCCAAAUGUAGACUUGAUAUUGCAUCGCUACUCUACAAACACCGGGAGACCUAUGUCAAGAAUCCGAGGCAGGCCACAAAAGGAGAGGGCAUUGUCAUUGAAUGA